AGUUCCCACAGAAUUCAAAAACUUCCUUGAAAGUCAUUCGCGUCUCCUUCCGUUUUUCUUGGAUUUCCCUCGCCUCGGUCUCCCCGCGUUUUCCUGGCAUUCCUUCUGGAUGGGAAGAUGGAGAACAUAGAGGCUUGUUCGAAGACCAAAUCGGUGCUCAGUGUCCUCGGGCCCAUCGCGAACCAGGUUGUGGAGCUGAAGACCCGCCAGGGAAUCGUGUGCGAUGCAUCCACAGUGAUGAAUCUUCUGAAGCAAUGUCAGGCACUAGAGUCUUCGUGUGCUCUGCUUGCAACACGCCUUUCAGCCUACGCCCUGGCCCACAGGGAUGACAUGCUCACCACUGAGGCCAAGAAGCUAAAGACUCAGCUAGAGAAGAUUGCCGUCUCUCUCACAGAUGUCACAAGGGAUCUCCAUCGAGGUGACGUUGGAGUACGAGACAAUGAAGAUGUUUGGGCAGACAUAGUGGAGGACACAGAGCAGUUGUUGUCCAUACUGACAGAAGCACUGUUAGCGUGGGACAAGGCGCAGAUAAGGAGAAUCAGCAAAGCAGUCACAUUCUUACAGCAAGCCUUGUCACGCCUACAUGAAACCAGGAGUAUUCAGCGGCUUCCAGAAGAUUUUCAGGAAGUUGUUGCAGCAGUUGGCGAGUUGCUUAGUCUGGUAGAAGUGAGAUGUGGGGAUCUCUACAGACGAGCCCAGAGGGAGACUGUGAGAUUGUUGUCACUUCAGCUAUGCCACACAAUGCCUCUUUUAGCCUCUGCCUGUGCUGCCACAGUAACAAAUCCUUUGAGUAAACAUGUGAAGAUGAGCAGAGAAUUGGUAUCGGGUCGCCUCCAGACACUUCUAGGUGACCUUAACUCUCAGCUAGGUUUAGGUGACCAAGAGUAUGAUCUUGAAGAACCCGGGGCUUUCAUAGCUUGUGUAGAUAAGACUUUAGAAAUGUUAAUAGGUAGUCAAGAGAAGUGUAGUGAAGCCUCUGAGCCCGUUGGUCCCUUGAGCAAUCGUGUGAAGCCAUUACUGGAGGAGGUGUUGCGUCAUGCCAUCGCAGUAGCAUACUGCAGUGUCCAGGAUGAUAACAAACUUAUAAUGGCCAUGUGUGAGAAUGUUCUAAAGCAGCUGAAGAUCCUAGUAUCCUUGGAGCGUGAGGGGACCCCUGACUCUGUAGAUGUGCAAAUAUCUUGUGACAUUUUGGCAGACUGUGUGGAACUUCUGGAGCAGAAAGUGAACACAGCACUCAUCAGACUUAUUGCCACAACUUUUGCCACACCCCUGGCACCUCUCCAGUCAAUGACUGCCAUGCUAACUUCUGAGAAAGAUGGUCAGUGUCGAGACCAAAAUGCUUUGGAUCCACUUGUUGCUGAUUUUGACCUUCAUGUUGAUCGUAUAUUCCAAAUUGGAGGCUUUGCUACUGCUUGUACUUCAGACAUUGCUAGAGUCCGGAUAAUCCGUGACAGUCUGCAGACACUAGAAUGGCUGGAGGGAUGCUUAGUCCCUGCUAUUGUAACAGCCUACACAGAUCCCCACCCUAAUGCUUACGGCCAUGCUCUCAUGUUGGUCAAACACUGGAUGGCUUCUGUUACUCAGCUGCAGGAGUGUUUGGACCUUAUCAUGGAUCCUUCAGCUUUUAGUUUGGUGACAAAGCAAGAAGUGCACCGGAUAUGGGCAGGGCUGAAGGAGAAGCUGUAUACACAGGAUGUGACAUGGAUAAAAAAGCAGGUUGAUUCUGUUGUCAACUAUGCUACACGGCUACUCUCAUUGCACCAGAGAGACAAUUUCCUUACCCACUUUCAGGCUGUGGAUCUUCAAGUAGCCGUAAACGAAGUGAAGAGCAGCAUGGCCUCGCUGUCAGCAACCCCGACCGACCUGUCCCGUCACCGCAGCAUGAUCAAGCGAGUCCAGCUCACCCUCACCCUCCUCUCCCGCCUCGCCUCCUCUCUCAACGAGGACAAUCUAAACCCGGAGGACGAUCUCAACGAGUUUAAUGGCCGCCAGAAUUCAGGGGCACAGAACAAGGUCCCCAAGCUGUCAGCGACACAAAAACAACAGCUCCUCACCUCAGACAUACGGGACAUUCCCGUCGACGUGGCAACACCGGCAUCGAGGACCAAAAGCAGGAGAGCCACAGACAGUCCUCAGCCAUCAACCAGCUCGGACCAGAAUUCCCAUCAGCAGCAGCAGAAGCCCCUGACUCGGUUCUCGAAGUCGAUGUCACGCCUUGGGGAAGUCCGCGCUCGUGCAGGCGGAUCUAACAUGUCAGGACACCACUCCAGAUCGAUGCAGGCCAUAGCCAGCGAGACUCUGGGCUGCGACACGUCCAUUGACAUCACAAAGUUCCUGAGUAGAUCCACUAACACCCUCCCGCCCUCGGCCAGGUCAUCCAGAAGAAAUUUCUCGCUCAAGGUGAAGGAGAUUAACUUGGACAUCGACGGGGCGAUAAACAAAGCUACGCUUCCCCCUCACCCGUCGGGAAAUUCUGGUGUCGCUGAAGAUGGACGGAGAGAUCCAAAGAACAAGGGGGCCGGAAGCAGCUCCUUUAAGACGUCUCCCUUGAAAGGACAGCAGAACACCACGGCGCUCAGGGAGGUGUCGGAUCUAAUAUCGCAAGAGGACACCGUCAGCCACAACACGCACCGAAGCAUUGGGGAUGAAAUCUCGGGCAUUUUGGAGAAUCUGACAUCUCUUGCCGGCAGUAUGAGUGCACUAGCUGCACCUUCAUCGCCACCAUCGGCAGGAAAAAAGAGGAAAUGUACUUGGGAACACUUCGGAGGCGACAAGGAGAACCGAGGGAGUACGACUAGCCUCCACGGCAUCAAACUGCAGAAUGCUUCCUUCAACCCCCAGUUCCCUGAAAUCAGAUCGAGCGAGUCGUCGGAGGUGAUAUUCGACGAGAAAACGGCUCAGCCGACCCAGGAGGAAACGCCACGCAAGAGUGGCGGAGGCUUCCUCGACCUCUCCAUCUGGAAGGACUUCACAGCCAUUCUCGAGAAGAAGACGCCGAUGAAGAGCAACUACUUGAAUUUCAGCAACAACUUCAGUAACUGGCAGUGCCCCGGCGCGUCCUUCUCGUUCUCCACCUUCGGCAAAGGACCCCCCGAAGCCGCCAAGGCACCCGACCGGUCACAGAGCGUGGCGGACCUGAGCGACACCCCGUUCCUGGCCAAGGACGCGGACCAUGCUGACUCCCUCUCGGGGAACCAGGAAGAGUCCGUCCGGCUUUCGUCCUCCAGCUACUCCAUUAGCCCUUCAAGCGCGACCUUCGGCACGCCUCAGAGACUGAAGGACCUCCACCUGGUGCACCAGCGACUGGCAGCCAUCAAGAACUCGAUAAGGUAGACGUGAAGGAAUCUUGUGCCGAGGUAAAAAGAGUUGAUAGGUUUCCCUGUUCGCGUGAUAUCUGUCUUCUUUUGUAUGUUGCAUGAUUUAAGAUCAUAGUUUUACUCAUUCAGAUUAAACAUUUCCCUGAUAAGUUUAUGACGCCUUUAUAUAUCGCUCGAUGUUAAUCUUGAUUACUUAACGGCAGCUUUAAUUAUUUUGAUUGUGUACGUUUUUAUUUACUUACCAAUUGCUCUAUUGCUAGCCUUUACGGUUGUAAAAUACAUUGGCACUUCUUACUGUUUAAACAUGACUUAAAUGUAUGUAUUGUACAUAUUGUUAUUUUUUGUAAUUUGUACAUAAACUGAAUUAUGCCGUCCGUGAGUUGAUUGUCUUUAGAAAUUUAGUAAGUAACGUAGCUGUAACUCCCCUACAUUUAUAACAUUAUGGAAGUCUACGGCAGCAUUGGCAGCAUUGGCAGCAUUCUUCUCAUCUACUGCAAAGUGUACAUACAGAACUAUUUCACUUGCAUGAUAAUUUCAAUAUUUUUUCACAUUCACAUACUCUAAACUCUUCUGUUAUGUAUAUUUGCAUUGCGGAAUGAAUAAUUACUAAUCUGUCCACUGUGUUAGCGGGCACUUCACGAGCAGGUUGGUAUCUCAGUUUAGAAUAUGCUUUCUCGGAGGAAUUUCUAACUCAGAUUAAUUACAAUGUGGUAUAGUGGGUACUGGGAUAUAUUUGAGUAUAUGAUUAAUAAAACAAAUAAUAAAAA